CAACCUCUCGACCAAUUGAAUGCGUUGUUAUUAAUUCGUCAUAGAUACCACAAAGUUUCCAAAAUGGGGCUAGAAAGUACCAUGGUGUGCGUGGACAAUAGUGAGUACAUGCGAAAUGGAGACUUUCUACCCACCAGACUUCAGGCACAGCAAGAUGCUGUCAACAUUGUCUGCCACUCCAAAACGCGCAGCAACCCGGAAAACACCGUUGGCCUUAUCACAAUGGCCAAUAACUGUGAGGUUCUUUCCACACUGACGCCGGAUGCAGGCCGCAUCCUGUCCAAGCUGCAUGCUGUCCAGCCCCGUGGUCAGAUCUGCUUCUGCACUGGCAUCAGAGUGGCCCAUCUUGCUCUUAAGCACAGACAGGGAAAGAACCACAAGAUGAGGAUCAUUGCAUUUGUGGGAAGCCCCGUUGAAGACAGUGAAAAAGAUCUUGUUAAAUUGGCCAAGCGUUUGAAAAAGGAGAAGGUGAAUGUGGAUAUCAUCAAUUUUGGAGAAGAGGAGCUAAACACAGAAAAGCUGACUGCCUUCAUCAAAACGCUGAAUGGGAAUGAGGGGACUGGCUCCCACCUGGUAACUGUUCCCCCAGGGCCCAGCCUGGCCGACGCCCUACUCUCCUCCCCCAUUCUGGCCGGAGAGGGUGGCUCCAUGAUGGGCUUGGGCGCUAGCGAUUUUGAGUUUGGUGUAGACCCCAGCGCAGACCCAGAGCUUGCACUGGCCCUGCGUGUGUCCAUGGAGGAGCAGAGACAGAGGCAAGAGGAGGAGGCUAGAAGGGUGACUGCUGCCUCUGCCACCGAGGCUGGCAUACCCACUCCCACUCAAGAUGAAUCUGAGGAGGCUUUGCUGAAGAUGUCAGUGUCUCAGCCGGAGACGGGACCGGCAGCACUGCCUGACUUCAGCAGCAUGACUGAGGACGAGCAGAUAGCCUAUGCCAUGCAGAUGUCCUUGGCUGGAGGAGUAGAGUAUGGAGAUGCUAUGGAAACAGGAGCCUCCAUGGACAUUGCAGAGUCAGCUAAAGAGGAGGAUGACUAUGAUGUCAUGCAGGAUCCAGAGUUCCUCCAGAGCGUGCUGGAGAACCUGCCGGGGGUCGACCCCAACAACGAGGCCAUCCGCAAUGCCAUGGGCUCUCUGGCUUCCCAGACUGGUAACAAGCCAGACAGCAAGAAGGACGAGGAGAAAAAGAAAUAAAGCAGGGGCCAGAUAGAUACCUAUGGAAACAAUUUAAAUAAUAGACUAGUGUGCAUAUAGUAGACAGCCAUAGACUGAAACUCUGAAAAUGUACAUACAAAUAGAUGGGACUUCUGAUCUGCCACACAUGUGUCAAACACCUGCAUUACAUGAAAACCAUAAACAGAAUUUCCUAAACAGACAAUUGUAUUUUUUUCUUUAUCAACUGCCUCUGUUUGUUGAUUGAUUGAUUUGAUCUGUUGGUAUUAAGUCCAUGGACUGAUUCAAGACAGCAAUGUGAGAAAGGGAUAACACUGGGUUGAUGCCAUGGAUUUCUGUAGCAUCAUUUUUGUAAUAAAGCACCAAGAUGGAGUUAGUCUAUUAUUAUCAUCCCAUGUUUAUAUUUACCGAUUGACAGAUUAAUCUUGUGAACUGGGUACGUGAUGACAGGUCCCCAAGAUUGUAAAUCUAAAAGUCCUUUUAUUUACAUGGUUGUUUUUCUAUUGCAAUAAAAAUAUUGGUUUCUGGCA